AUGAAUUUCCUCGGUGGUGUCUUUCUGCUUAUUCUCACUAUUUCAACUCAAACCCUCUGCUGCCCAAGUAGCGACAAUCGAAAGGCGGGUGUUAUGCCAAGUAUUGAAGCUGAAGAUGAGUUCCACUAUCCUAUGGCCGCCGCUUCCAUUGUUGAUGUGUGGCCCAGAAUUGGCCUCACUGUUCUCCCGAUUUUGUUGAAUCUGUUGCUUAGAAUGUAA